UUGUCUGGUCCUCUGGAAUGAAGGAUAACACACUAGGCUUUACCCAAGUAAGCAAUAAAGUUAUCACACAGCUAUCAUUUAUAUUGAGUGUGUGGAAACCAAGUACUAUUCUAAGCAUUUUCUGUAUAUUUCCUAAUUAAAUCAUCAUAAUAGUUCUAUCAUAGUAGUAGCUUUACUAUUACUAUCCCAUUUUUCUAGAUAAGGAAGAAGACAUAGUAAGUGAUUAUAGUGAAAGAUCUUCAAAUUUUUUAUCAACAAAGGAAGUUUAAGGACAGUAUAGUAGAUUUGUUACAAAGAGAAACAGCUCUAAGAAAACUAAUUUUGUGUAUAGAUCUAUACUUAUGAAAUAGACAGGUAUAGGCAAUUUGGACAUUUUAUGCUUAUAAAUUGUUGGUUCUAGAAGAACCCGGAGAACAUUUGAAUUGAUAAGAUUUGACUAAUAGACAUAACAAUUGUAAAAGUGAAACAAAAAUGAAACAUUAUUUUUAAACAAACUGCUUAUUAAAGGCAGGGAGAGUGUUAGUAAAGAGCUUAGAGGCUAGAUUAGAAAGAAGAAAUUGUCUCUCCCCAUCUGUUCUAAUUAGCUUAUCUCUCCUGCUUCCAUAGCAUGCUGAAGAGAGAAGAGUGAGGGGUGCUUUGAAAGGAUACCGUUUUUAUUUACGCUCAUUUCAAAUAGUUUUGGGAUGUUUGCCAAUUCUCAAACAUAAUUUUUUUAUAUGUUAGAUCUUUCCUGUAACAAUUUUUUAUUGGAAGCUUCAAGGCUUUGGUGCUCAGUUAAGAAUUUUGGCCUCUCCUCAUCUCUUUGGUUUUGGCCAAAUGAUUAUGUUUCCUCAUUCUGGGAAGAUUUCUUUGGGUAUUUUGAUAUUUGUCCUGAUAGAAGAAAACCUUUCAUCUUUUACAGCACAAACCAACUUAUCUUUAGAAGAAACCCAAGAACCCACGAGUGCAAUUUCUUUUCUCCCGGCUGAAUCAGAAUCCGCAGACUCUCCCCUGUCCAGUGGAAACAAAGGGCCUCCGGAACACAGAGAAGCCGCGAGGCACUGGUUGCUAAGAAGAAGGCGAUCCACUCUGUUUCCUGACGGAGUAAAGGUCUGCCCUGAUGAGAGUGUCACAGAGGCCGAGGCAAAGCAUGUGAAAUAUUUUCAAGUCAGAGUGUGUCAAGAAGCUGUCUGGGAAGCCUUUAGGACUUUUUGGGAUCGAUUUCCUGGGCGUGAGGAAUAUCGUUACUGGAUGAAUUUAUGUGAGGAUGGAAUCACAACUAUAUUUGAAUUGGGCACAAAUUUUAGUCAGUCUAUGGAACACAGAAGCUUAAUUAUGAAGAAACUGGCAUACACAAAGGAAACUGUUAGCCGCUCCUGCAAUGACCAGGCCUGUGGCCCUGAGUUGUCAUCUCCAGUUCCUGUUGGCGACACCUCAACAUUGGAAGGUGCUGCCAUCAGAGUUCCAUAUCCAGGGGCGACCUCCUCGGCAGGUACCGCAGAGAGCAGCUUGGGGAGACCAGAGGAGAGUAUUAGCAAUGAAAUUGAGACUGUGACCGAAGAACCCACAAGACCAGCAGCUGAGCAGGUUGCAGAAUUCAGUAUACACCUCUCUGGGGAGCAGUACAGGGAAGAACUGCGGGAUCCCUCUAGCUUCCGCCACCAGAGCCUCGUGGAAGAGUUUAUUGCAGAGAUUGAAAAUGCAUUUACUGGGUUACCUGGCUAUAAGGACAUCCGUGUACUUGGCUUCAGGCCCCCCAAUGAAAAUGGCAGUGGCACAGUUGUCCACUAUGCAGUUACUUUCAAUGGAGAGGCCAUCAGCAAUACCACCUGGGACCUAAUCAGCCUUCACUCCAACAAGGUGGAAAACCAUGGUCUUGUGGAAUUGGAUGAUAAGCCCACUGCUGUUUAUACAAUCAGUAACUUCAGAGAUUAUAUUGCUGAGACACUGCAUCACAAUUUUUUGCUGGGCAACUCCUCUUUGAAUCCAGAUCCUGGCUCCCUGCAGCUCAUCAAUGUGAGAGGAGUCUUUCUACCCCCCACCGAAGACCUGGUGUGGAACCCCCAAAGUGCAAGUCUCCCGGCAACCCCACCGUCCAUCCUUGAUAAUACCCUUCAAGCUGCAUGGCCCUCAGCUGAUGACUCCACCGCCAGCAGUAUCUCACUGCCUGAUUUCAGCUCUGGUUCUCCCUCAGCCACUGGCAGGGAACUCUGGUCAGAAAGACCUUUGGGUGAUUUGGUGUCUACACCUAAAUUAGAGUUUCCCUCGGAGGUGGGCCUCCAUUCCUCCCCAGAGGGUUUAGAGGUUAGCAGUUUGACUCUUCAUUCUGUCACCCCAGCAGUGCUGCCCACUGGCUUGCCUGUGGCUUCUGAGGAAGGGACUUCUGGAUCUUACUCAUUAGAAGAUGGAUUAACCAAAGUUGAGGGGUCAGAAGAUUCUUUUUCAGGUGAUCGUUUGCCCUCAAGUACAUUAACUCAUCCUAUACCAGAAGAAACAAUACCAUCUGAGGAAGAUUCUGCAGAGUCUUUGACAUCCUCACCAUAUCUGAUCUCCUCUGUCACAUUAGAUCUUGGUCAGGAAGUAACUACACCUUCUGCCUUGGACCCUUUGGCCUCCAAAGUUAGAGGCCAAUUAGAAGUGAGCACUUUGAUGCCAGACACAUCCAUGGAAAAAGUGUUCAUGUUUGAGAGUGGCUUAGGUUCAGGGUCUGGGGAAAAGGUGAGUGGGAUUACUUGGCCAUGGAGCGAUACCUCAUUAGAAAAGAGCAUUGAACCACUGACCAAAUCAUGGCUGGGAGAUGAGGAUUUGCUUUUGCCAAUUGAGAGUGUAGACGAGAAACUAGUUGUAGGUGACAAAAUAGAUUCCACAGACCGAAGUAUUGAGCACUCACAAUAUGGGCAUUUUGAUAGAUCCACACACUUAGCAGAGGAAGAGCCCCUUGACAGACCUACUGUGCCCACCUCUGCAGAGACCACAACUCAGUCCGCACUUCUAAUUCUCUCCAAGCGCACGUCAGAGGUAACCGACACUGAUUAUUACUCAAUUACCAACACACCUCCUCUUCUGACAUCUACAGCAAUCUCUGAUUCUACUCGUAAACCAGAUCAAGUAGAACCAUUUCUAAAGGAUGAUAUGGAACAAACUACAGAGCCAUUUCAUCGUGAACAGUUUGAUAGCAAGAUUUCAACACUGAAGCCAGAUAUGCAAUCUUUGUGGACCAUACUGCCAGAAUCAGAUGUAGUUUGGGCAAAAACUUCUUCCCUAGGAAAACUGUCUGGAGACACAUUGGCAAGCGCACCAGAGAGUAUUGACAAGUUCUGGUUGAAAGCUUCCAUGACACAGUCUACCGAAUUGCCUCCAACCACAAGCCCCACCCUGCUGGAGGAUGAGGUAAUUAUGGGUGUACAGGAUAUUUCAUUAGAACUGGACCGGAUAGGCACAGAUUACUAUCAGCCUGAGCUAAUCCCAGAAGAAAAUGGCAAGGUUGACAGUUAUGUGGAAAUGUCUACCAAUGUUCGCUCGACAAAGAUGGCUAUUGUGGCCCGCCCCACAAAAAGAGGUGACUCAAAUCAUACCCAGACCACAGGAGCAUUGCUGGUUUUCUUCAGCCUUCGAGUGACUAACAUGAUGUUUUCAGAAGAUCUGUUUAACAAAAACUCUUUGGAGUAUAAAGCCCUGGAGCAAAGGUUCUUAGAAUUGCUGGUCCCCUAUCUCCAGUCAAAUCUCACAGGGUUCCAGAAUUUAGAAAUCUUGAACUUCAGAAAUGGCAGUAUUGUGGUGAACAGCAGAAUGAAGUUCUCCAAGUCUGUCCCUCCUAAUGUCAACAAUGCUGUAUACAUGAUUCUGGAAGACUUUUGCACCACUGCCUACCAAACCAUGAACUUGGCUAUUGAUAAAUACUCCCUUGAUGUGGAAUCAGGUGAUGAAGCCAACCCUUGCAAGUUUCAGGCAUGCAAUGAGUUUUCCGAGUGCUUGGUCAACCCCUGGAGUGGAGAAGCAGAGUGCAGAUGCUACCCUGGGUACCUGAGUGUGGAAGAGCUGCCUUGCCAGAGUCUCUGUGACCUUCAGCCAGACUUCUGCUUCAAUGAUGGGAAGUGUGACAUUAUGCCCGGACAUGGGGCCAUUUGUAGGUGCCGGGUGGGUGAGAACUGGUGGUACCGAGGCGAGCACUGCGAGGAGUUUGUGUCUGAGCCCUUGGUCAUAGGCAUCAGCGUCGCCGCCAUGGCUGGACUUCUUCUUGUCUCUUCUGCUGUCGUCAUCUUCCUCAUCAAGACUCUUCAAGCUCAGCAUGCCAGGAGAGAAAGACAGAGGCCCUUUAGCAGACAGCCUGCCAGCCUUUCGUCCAUUGAAGAUGCUGUAAAGUACAACCCCAUGUAUGAACGCCACGGGGCGGGAGUGGGACAGCACAGGGGACCCCAUCCUCAGGGUCCCUUCCACGGCGCAGCACGAGGAGAGGCGAUUGGUGGUCUGAGCAGGGAAGAAAUCAGACACAUAUAUGAGAACAGUGGGCUUUCCGGAGAGGAAAUUCAAGAAAGAAUGAGGAUUUUGGAACUGUACGCCAACGAUCCUGAGUUUGCAGCUUUUGGGAGAGAACAUCAAAUGGAAGAGCUUUAAUCAGGACUCCUAUCGUGGAACUGAUUAGAAGCCUAGAGAAGAGAGAGAUCGCUUGCUACCUGUAUCAUAAAGUUAACCUGCAUUUUGAACUCUGUUGGAAGAAGAGUAUUUUAUUAAGAAACAUUCAAUUUGGGCACAAAAUCCCCAUUUUAAAAUGUUAGAAUAGAGUAAGAGAUGCUACAGUUUUUACACGUGAGCUGCAUUUACGGAAAUUCAAACCGUGUGAGUCUGAAAGCAUCUGGAAGAGGGCAGCUGGGCCUGGGUGUGCAUGGCAGAGCAGCUGUCAAUCACUGUGGCUCAGGAGGCCCGGGAGGCGGGGAGGGCGAGGCUGUUCCAGGAGAAGGCGGGCUUUUAACAAAUAUUUUGUAGCAUGCUUGUGAUUGUCAGAAGGAGAAGCCUUUGAAGUAGUUUCAAUAUAGUUUAUAGCCAGACAUUUGUCUAAAUAAAAUAUAAAGUGUUGGGGGAGGGGGAAUCGAACUGCUGAAGAAAAAGCAACCUUUUUGCUCCAGUAUAGAGUGAGGCUUGUACUUUAUUCUCCAGUUUUGAAUUUCCUGAGCGUAUUAAUCAAGAUCACAUUAUUGUGUUAAGUAUCUCAGUGUCCUUCCCCCCCCCACCCACCCCCAGCUGCCAAAUACAAUACAUAUGUGUAAAGUUUAGAGGGUUCCCUUAGACUAAAGAUGAAUUGGGGACAGGGAGGGAAUGAGGGUUGGGUCAAGGCCACAGCGCUGAGAAUGUAAGCUGUGCUGAUGGAUGGGUGGACGGAAUCAGAACUGAUGAGUUCUCUGACCUGCUUAUGUUAUCUUAAGGUGUCCUAGCCAAGUGCUGGAUCUUCCCCAGUUUCUGGUAUUUUUUUCCAGUUUAGCCCUGGGAGUGCGUCUGUGAGCUUCCACUUAUUCCGCUGCCACCUUUAACCGCCCAUGAGUACAUGCCACAGCAAAGCUGCUGACAGCCUUGAAGAUAUCCAGGCAUUUUGCAAAGGACGCAUGAUAACAGGGUGUGUGUCUGUGUGUGUGCACGCGUGUGAAAGCAGCUCCCUUAUCUCAGUAUUUCUUUUCAUUCUCUAUCUACAUAAUGAAUUCUCUAUGACUUCAGCGUAGGUACAAGCCAUUGCUGGGGCAUUUUUUUGCUGGCUUCAUGUGAAAGGUAAUUGAUAAAUGUUAAUGACAUUUGCCACUACUUAAAAGCUUAAUUUUAUUUGUAAAACUUCCAAAGGUUUCUGUUUAGCUUUAAAAAGUUUCCCCUUAAACGUAUCUCUGGAAUGCCAGCUUGCCUCCAGAGUGCUAGGUGGAUGCAGAGGGAGACUAGGGUCGCCACCACCGGGAGCAGCCGAGCGGAGGACUGCUGAGUCCCGCAGGCCAGGCGGGAAGUGGGCCUCUGAGAAUUCUGCCAGGCCUCCGUCUCUGACUUUCUUUUGUCUGACCUUUCCAUUUGAGCAAAGGACUCAGCUCUGCAUGGAUAUCUGUGCCACACGAAUGACAUGGACGAGUAAAGGAAGUCCUAGCCUCCCAGGGAGAGACCGGAGGCCACACAAUCCGGGAAGAAGCCCGGUGGCGCCCCCUGGCUGCAGCCGAACCACAGGGGGGCAGGAGGGAGAAGCGGUUUUCCCGCUGGAGGCCCACUGAUGCUCAAAGCAAAGAGCUAAAGGAGCAGAGCUUCUCUUUAAGUGUAGUUGGUAUACGAGGUUACAUUAGUCACACUAAUUUUAGGUCUACAAUACAGUGAUUCGAUAUUUUUAAUUCUGAUCAUCAUCUGUCACCAUGUAAACGUACCACAAGGUUAUCUACUGCAUUCCCCUUCAGCAGGUAUUAUGCUCAGUGAUAUAAUUCAGGCAGAGAAAGGCAGAUAUAUGGUUUAAUGUACAUGUAGAGUCUAAAAAAAAAUCCCACAAAUGAACAAAAUUUGAAAACCCAGAUUCAUAGAAAGAGCUUCUUUUUAAAACAGCAACUCCCAAGGUAAUUUAAUGGCAUGGAGUCACUUAAAAGUAUUAGGCUAAACUCUCUUUUUAGGCUGUGCGAUCGAGGAAUACAAUGUUCUGUUUAUUAGAACAUUCUCAUUGACCUAGCAAUAUAAUAUUCAGUAAGACCAUCACCUUAUUAGAAAACAGUAAAUUGCAGUUGGCACUAACAGUGCAUGGUAUGUAACUCACACUUUUAGGAAAUUUAUAGGUGCUUUGGAGUUUUCUAAUCCAUAGAGCCUUUAUAAUUGAGAGUCUAUACACGAUUCUCAUUUUCAUGGCUCUGGGAAAAGGGGAAUUUAUUUGAUAAAUAGGAUUCCAUUUCCAUCAUGGCGAUGUUUUAAGGGUAUUUGUUCACAUUUAUGUGUCCUAAAGUUCCAUUUAUUUUACCCGAUUUUAUUUCCACCUCUUCUUUCUUCUGCAGUCUUGUCACUAUGUGCUGGCAGCUUCCCACUCCCUCACCUCCUUUUAAACCACAUGGUGAAUUGAAAUGUAGUUAAACAAUCCAAACUUAAUAUUACUUCUGAAAAAAGAUGGAAACUGUGCAAAUAUUCUUUGUAGUCUCUAAAACUAUGUUGGCUCAAAUACGAUACCUAAUUGAAUUAUUUAUUUAGAUGCUUGUUUGAUAAGUUUGCCUUCUACUUCAUGAUUUUUCAGCAGCUGGUACAGUAUCGUGCUGUCAUUCCCAUGUUUUCUAUAAUGGAUAGUUUGACAUCUAUCAGCCUGUGAGUUGAGUUUUCAUUUUGAUAUGAGAAGUGAAGGCAACAUAGUUAUUUCAUAAGGAAAUCAGUGGACUUAGAAUAAGUCAGUGGACUUAGAAGAAUAACCCAUCUUUAUUAAAUUGAGACAUUUUAGCCAAAAAAAAUAUGGGUCAAAUAAAAAAAAAUGUUUUUAACAAUUAUCAGAAGGAAUGGGUGGGGCCAGCCUUCCUCAUUUACAAUCCAGCUGUAAGAGUCAAGGAUCCUGGCUCACUCUAUUCCCAAUUGUACAAUAAAUGUAGAAAAAAGACGUGAAGGUCACAAUUCUCAUAUCAUUUAAAUGCAUUGUUUUCUACAGCGGGUCCUGGCUGGAGGUGGGGAGGAGGAAGGGAGCCCAAAGUGAUAGAUGAUGUAGAGAAUCUGCCUGGAAAUGUCCUUGGCGCAUGCAUUUUAUUCCACCUUAUAGUACUCCUAUGAGCUAAUAAGACACAGAUUAAGUGGCUCCCCUCACUCAUGCAGUGUACCCCUACAGACUAGACUCAAUGAUUCCUUUUCUUGGCUUUCCCCCCUCAGCGAUAUUUAAUUACUUUUUCAGAGAUUAAGGGCAUAAUUGGGAAAAAAAUAACUAUGACAUCAAAGAAUAAAGGUAUAAUUAUUUAUGUAUCAGGACUGUGUGAUGUUUCCGAAGUGAUCAUGUUCAAUAUGGGAUAUAAUGAAAGAUCUUUCUCUUUUAUCUUAUUUAUAAUGACAUUUUAUCUAAACUAUGGAUCAGUUCAUGCUACUGUACUGUUGUUUGGAAAUGCUUUAGUCUUAAUGCUAGCUAAUUAUAAAUAAAAAUGUAGAAGUCUUUAUGUAUGUAAAAGGGUCUUUCCUUCUCAUGUAUAUAAUUGUGCCAUUUUCAUUAUUAAUAAACUUUUCUUUCAAGAA